AUGGAAUCUUUUUUAUCUCAAUAUGGGAUAUCAUUAAAAGAGGAUGAACAGAAAUAUCGUUCAAUAAUCUCCAAUAAAAUAUUCCUCACAGGAUCAACAAUAAUCAUUUCAUAUCCUUUAGCCUCUUUCCCACUGUCAACAUUUAAUAAAUUCAGAUGCGAUCAAUGUUUAAAAACGAGUAACGAUUCUACACCUUUACGAACAUGUUCGAAAUGUCAGUGCGUUUACUAUUGUAGCAGAUCCUGUCAAAAAUCUUCAUGGGUAACGCAUCAUAAAUGGUUAUGUUCCAAUUACACGAAAUCAAAAGGUGCGGAAGAUAACGAUGAAGAGAUGUUAAAUAGGGUUUCGAUACUAAUUGAUAAAUUCCUUAAUGAUGAGAAAUUGGAUAAUAAAGGUUAUCUGUUUGAGACAUUUUUCCAAUUAAUGACUCAUAGAAACGAUGAUCAUGUUAUGAAUUUGAUAAAAUUCGAAAGGAUUUCCACCAAGGUUCAUGAAAUUUUAAAAUUCAAAAAGGUUACAAAGGAUGACUUAAUUAAUCAUUUAUGUAGAUUUCAUUGUAAUAAUUUCACCAUACAUGACAGUCAACUAUUCAUCUACGGAGAAGGAACGUAUCCGAUCGGGUCAUUGUUUAAUCAUUCUUGUCGGCCAAAUGCAAUCGUAAUGUACGAUGGAGCAAUACAAAUAAUUAAAUGCAUUCAAGAUAUAAGUAUCGGAGAUGAAAUUAAUAUUUCUUAUGUUGAUGUGGCAUUAGAUCGGGCAACUCGACAAAAAUUAUUACGGGAAAAGUAUUUCUUUAAAUGUCAGUGCCCUAGAUGUUCAUCAGAUGAGCCAGAUUCUGGAAUUUUAACUAAAAUCGAUCAAUUGAUCGAAGGGGAAGAAUGUGAAAUCACAAAACAAGGUUCCAACAAUGAGGAAAUAACCACAUUGAUAUUAUCCAAUUUAUUACCACACUUGAAAAAUAAUACGACCAAGACGGAUUAUAUAAAUUCUUUGUAUGAGAUAAUUUCAACGUUACUCGAGCAAAAUCAUCUAUUUUAUAUCUCGUCACUUUCAUCCACGACAAAAUUAUUUUAUGAUCAAAUAGAUUUAAAACGAUGGAAUCAGUCAACAAUUCUUGGAAAAUACAUCCUUUCUAUUUAUUUAUUGAUUUAUCCUAGGUAUCACCCAAUGAUAGCUCUACAUUUGUUUACUUUAGGAAAGUGUUAUUGGAAUGAUAUAACCGGCGGUUUUGAAUCUGUUAAGGAAGCCAUUAAUAUUUUGGAAUGUGCUAAAAAAGUAUUAAAUAUUACACAUAAUGAAGGUGAUGAAAAUAAAGAUGUAAUUAAACAAGUGAAUGAUUUAUUGAUUAUGGCGAAGAAGGAAGUAUUUUAUUAA